AGCUCAUUCUCUUUUUGUUUUCCAAUUUUCUUUUUUUAUAAUAUCGUGGGACCCAAUAAACGUGAGAAGUCAUCGUUUCCUAUUGGGGUGAAAUGACCGGAAAGCCCUCAACAAACUUCGAUGGAAUCUACAAGGUGAAUUACAUCUAUUUUACUUACAUAUUAUCUGCAGCAGACACCAAAGAUGCUGAAGAAAAUGGCCGUGAUCCGGUGGUUAGUGGUGGCGUUACUGCUGGUUUUUCGCAUCCAAGAAGUUAGAUCAGGUGCCUCAGAUCACAAGUACAAAGAAAAAGAGGAAGUUCCCAUUUACGCCAACAAAGUCGGCCCCUUCCAUAACCCUAGUGAAACAUACCGCUUUUUUGAUCUACCCUUCUGUUUACCAGCUCAUUUAAAGGAGAAGCCAGAAGCUCUUGGUGAAGUACUGAAUGGAGACCGAUUAGUCAGUGCCCCUUAUAAGCUUCCAUUUAUGGUUGAAAAAGACUCAGAAAUUGUUUGCAGAAAAACACUAACAAAAGGGGAAGUAUUUAAAUUCCGAAGUGCUGUUGCCAAGGAUUAUUAUUUCCAAAUGUACUAUGAUGACUUGCCUUUCUGGGGCUUUCUAGGGAAAGUUGAAAAAGACAAAAAUGACCCUAGCGAGGAAAGAUAUUACCUUUUUAAGCAUCUUCACUUUGAGAUCCACUACAAUAAAGAUCGUGUCAUAGAAAUAAACGCGAAAGCUGAUCCUAAUGCUGUGGUGGAUCUCACUGAAGACAAAGAAGUUGAGGUGGAAUUCAUGUAUACAGUCAGAUGGAAAGAAACAAAUAUUCCGUUUGAGAAUAGAAUGGAGAAAUACUCUCAAUCUUCUUCACAACCACAUCAUUUGGAAAUCCAUUGGUUUUCAAUCAUUAACUCAUGUGUCACUGUUCUUCUGUUAACUGGUUUUCUUGCCACCAUUCUUAUGCGUGUCCUGAAGAACGACUUUGUUAAGUACGCUCAUGAUGAAGAGGCAGCUGAUGAUCAAGAGGAGACAGGGUGGAAGUACAUUCAUGGUGAUGUGUUUAGGUAUCCAAAGUACAAGUCUUUGUUUGCUGCUGCCCUUGGUUCUGGGACCCAGCUAUUUUCUCUUGCACUUUUUAUCUUUGGAUUGGCACUUGUUGGUGUGUUUUAUCCAUAUAAUAGAGGAGCUCUGUUCACUGCAUUGGUUGUCAUAUAUGCUCUUACUUCUGGGAUUGCAGGAUACACUGCAGCCUCCUUCUAUCACCAACUAGAAGGAACUAAUUGGGUGAGAAACCUACUGUUAACCGGAUGCCUCUUCUGUGGGCCCCUCUUUCUAACCUUCUGCUUCCUAAACACUGUUGCAAUCGCAUACACAGCCACAGCUGCACUUCCCUUUGGAACAAUUGUAGUGAUUGUUUUGAUAUGGAGUUUGGUGACAUCACCUUUACUUGUUCUCGGGGGUAUUGCCGGAAAAAACAGCAAAGCUGAAUUCCAAGCUCCUGUUCGCACCACAAAAUACCCGAGAGAGAUUCCACCUCUCCCAUGUGUGUGGGGCCACAGGAUUUACACCAUUUACAGCAUCUUAUUUAUUGUUUUCAUCAUUCUCUUGAUUGUCACUGCUUUCAUCACCGUUGCUUUGACUUACUUCCAACUUGCUGCUGAGGACCAUGAAUGGUGGUGGAGGUCUUUCCUAUGUGGAGGGUCAACGGGUGUUUUCAUAUACGGGUAUUGCUUGUAUUACUACUAUGAAAGAUCUGACAUGUCGGGAUUCAUGCAGACCUCCUUCUUCUUCGGUUACAUGGCUUGCAUUUGUUACGGCUUCUUUCUCAUGCUCGGCAUGAUCGGUUUCCGUGCUGCCUUGUUCUUCGUCCGCCACAUUUACCGCUCAAUCAAGUGUGAAUAG